GCCGCGGGCUGUGCCGAGGGUGCCCGCUCUUCGGCUGUAGACCUCUGACGCCGCCCGCGGUGCUGCGGCCCGGAUCCGCCGCGCUGAGGGCACCAUACCCGAGGCGGUUUGUGAGACGGUAUCGAAAUAAAGAUAACUGCAGCUUUCUGUGAAAAUGUCAGUUCUGAUAUCACAGAGUGUAAUAAACUAUGUAGAGGAAGAAAACAUUCCUGCCCUGAAAGCCCUUCUUGAAAAGUGCAAAGAUGUCGAUGAGAGAAAUGAGUGUGGGCAGACUCCUCUGAUGAUCGCCGCUGAGCAAGGGAACCUGGAGAUUGUGAAGGAGCUGAUAAAGAAUGGCGCUAACUGCAACCUGGAAGACCUGGAUAACUGGACAGCACUUAUAUCUGCCUCAAAGGAAGGGCACAUGCACAUUGUGGAAGAACUACUCAGAUGUGGGGUGAACUUGGAGCACCGGGAUAUGGGGGGAUGGACCGCUCUGAUGUGGGCCUGCUAUAAAGGUCGCACUGACGUCGUAGAGCUCCUGCUCUCUCAUGGGGCCAACCCGAGCGUCACCGGUCUGCAGUACAGCGUUUAUCCCAUCAUCUGGGCGGCCGGGAGAGGCCACGCGGACAUAGUACACCUCUUGCUACAGAAUGGAGCCAAAGUCAACUGCUCAGAUAAGUAUGGAACCACCCCUUUGGUUUGGGCUGCACGGAAGGGCCACCUGGAGUGUGUGAAGCACUUGCUGGCCAUGGGAGCCGACGUGGACCAAGAAGGUGCUAAUUCAAUGACUGCACUUAUCGUGGCUGUGAAAGGAGGCUACACACAGUCAGUCAAAGAGAUUCUGAAGCGGAAUCCGAAUGUGAACUUAACCGACAAGGAUGGAAACACAGCCUUAAUGAUCGCCUCGAAGGAGGGGCACACGGAGAUCGUGCAGGACCUGCUGGACGCGGGGACCUAUGUGAACAUCCCAGACCGGAGCGGUGACACUGUGCUGAUCGGCGCCGUCAGAGGUGGGCAUGUUGAAAUCGUUCGCGCACUUCUGCAGAAGUAUGCUGAUAUCGACAUCAGAGGACAGGACAAUAAAACUGCAUUGUAUUGGGCUGUGGAAAAGGGAAAUGCUACCAUGGUGAGAGACAUCUUACAGUGCAAUCCUGACACGGAGAUUUGCACAAAGGAUGGUGAAACCCCACUGAUAAAGGCCACCAAGAUGAGGAAUAUCGAAGUGGUGGAGCUGCUGCUGGAUAAAGGAGCGAAAGUGUCGGCUGUGGAUAAGAAAGGAGACACUCCCUUGCACAUUGCUAUCCGAGGGAGGAGCCGGAAACUGGCAGAACUUCUUCUAAGGAAUCCCAAAGAUGGCCGCUUGCUUUACAGGCCUAACAAAGCUGGUGAGACUCCUUACAACAUCGACUGCAGCCAUCAGAAGAGCAUCUUAACACAGAUAUUUGGAGCCCGACACUUGUCCCCCACGGAAACGGAUGGCGAUAUGCUUGGCUACGACCUGUACAGCAGCGCACUGGCCGACAUUCUCAGCGAGCCGACCAUGCAGCCGCCCAUCUGUGUGGGCCUGUAUGCGCAGUGGGGCAGUGGGAAGUCCUUUUUGCUCAAGAAGCUGGAAGAUGAAAUGAAGACCUUCGCAGGACAGCAGAUUGAGCCUCUGUUUCAGUUUUCCUGGCUGAUCGUGCUCCUGACACUGCUGCUGUGCGGCGCAGUCGGCUUAGUGUUCACCUUCACUCUUGACCUGAACCUGGGCGUCGCCGUGUCCCUGAGCUGCCUGGCUCUCCUGUACAUAUUUUUAGUUGUCAUUUACUUUGGUGGACGACGAGAAGGAGAGAGCUGGAACUGGGCCUGGGUCCUCAGUACCAGGCUGGCGAGACAUAUUGGCUACUUGGAGCUCCUGUUCAAACUGAUGUUUGUAAACCCACCCGAAUUGCCAGAGCAAACCACCAAAGCAUUACCCGUGAGGUUUCUGUUUACAGAUUACAACAGACUGUCCAGUGUUGGCGGGGAAACUUCUCUGGCUGAGAUGAUUGCGACCCUCUCAGAUGCUUGUGAGAGAGAGUUCGGCUUUUUGGCAACCAGGCUGUUUCGAGUUUUCAAGACUGAAGAGAGCCAGGGUAAAAAGAAAUGGAAGAAGACAUGUUGCCUGCCAUCUUUUGUCAUCUUCCUUUUUCUUUUUGGCUGCAUUAUUGCCGGAAUCACUCUUCUGGCUGUCUUCAGAGUGGACCCGCGACACCUGACAGUGAAUGCUGUGCUCAUAUCUGUUGCUUCCGUUGUGGGGCUGGCCUUUGUGCUGAACUGCCGCACCUGGUGGCAGGUGUUGGACUCGCUCCUGAACUCCCAGAGAAAGCGGCUCCAUCAUGCUGCCUCCAAAUUGCACAAACUGAAAAGCGAAGGAUUCAUGAAAGUGCUGAAGUGGGAAGUGGAGUUGAUGGCCAGAAUGGCGAAGACCAUCGACAGCUUCACGCAGAAUCAGACGAGGCUGGUGGUCAUCAUCGAUGGCCUGGAUGCCUGUGAGCAGGACAAAGUGCUGCAGAUGCUGGACACUGUGCGAGUUCUGUUCUCAAAGGGCCCAUUCAUUGCCAUUUUUGCCAGUGACCCACACAUCAUCAUAAAGGCCAUUAACCAGAACCUCAACAGCGUGCUUCGGGACUCAAACAUCAAUGGCCAUGAUUAUAUGCGCAACAUUGUUCAUUUGCCCGUUUUCCUCAAUAGUAGGGGACUGAGCAAUGCACGGAAAUUUCUGGUGACUUCUGCAACAAAUGGGGACAUCGCAUGCUCAGACACUCCAGGGUGGCAGGAAGACGCCGACCGAAGAGUCUCGCAGAACAGCCUAGGGGAAAUGACCAAGCUCGGGAGCAGGACAGCCCUUAACAGACGGGAUACCUACCGGAGGAGGCAGAUGCAGAGGACCAUCACCCGGCAAAUGUCCUUCGACCUCACAAAACUGCUGGUCACUGAGGACUGGUUCAGUGACAUCAGUCCUCAGACCAUGAGAAGGUUGCUCAACAUUGUUUCUGUGACAGGGAGGUUAUUGAGAGCCAAUCAGAUUACUUUCAACUGGGACCGGCUGGCGAGCUGGAUCAACCUCACCGAGCAGUGGCCGUACCGGACCUCCUGGCUCAUCCUGUAUCUGGAGGAGACUGAAGGUGUUCCUGACCAGAUGACAUUAAAAACCAUCUACGAGAGAAUAUCAAAGAAUAUUCCAACAACUAAAGAUGUUGAGCCCCUGCUUGAAAUUGACGGAGACAUAAGAAACUUCGAAGUGUUUUUGUCUUCAAGGACCCCAGUUCUUGUGGCUCGAGAUGUGAAAACCUUCCUGCCAUGCACUGUCAACCUGGAUCCCAAGCUUCGGGAGAUUAUUGCAGACGUCCGUGCUGCCAGAGAGCAGAUCAACAUAGGAGGACUCGCCUACCCCCCGCUGCCCCUGCAUGAAGCUCCUCCUCGGGGGCCACCAGGGUACAGCCAGCCCCCCUCCGUCUGCUCCUCCUCCACAUCCUUCAAUGGGCCGUUUCCAGGCGGGGUGGUGUCCCCACAGCCCCACAGCAGCUAUUACAGUGGCAUGACGGGCCCUCAGCAUCCCUUCUACAACAGGCCAUUCUUUGCCCCAUACCUUUACACGCCAAGGUAUUACCCUGGCAGCUCCCAACAUCUCAUCUCACGUCCAUCUGUAAAAACAAGUUUGCCUCUCAGAGAGCAGAGCAAUGGCCUAGAGGUUAUCAAGGAGGACGCUGCCGAGGGGCUUCCCUCCCCCACGGACUCCUCAAGGGCGAAGAUCCAGACAAGCGAGUUAUGGAUGCCGUGGCUGUGUGACCCUGGGUUUAACAAACAGAGACAGGGAUCAGGCCCGGCCACUGGACCAGUGCUGUCCCUGAACUCAAUGAAUGUGGACGCCGUGUGUGAGAAGCUGAAGCAGAUCGAGGGGCUGGACCAGAGCUUGCUCCCUCAGUACUGUGCCACCAUCCGAAAGGCAAACAUAAAUGGCCGGGUGUUAGCUCAGUGUAACAUUGAUGAACUGAAGAAAGAGAUGGGUAUGAAUUUUGGAGACUGGCACCUUUUCAAAAGCACAAUACUAGAAAUGAGAAACGCAGAGAACCAGGUGGUCCCUGAGGACCCCCGCUUCCUCGCUGAGAACACCAGUAAUGCUGUUGCUCACGCGGAGGCUGCCCGCCGGGCCUCGCACACUGAGUUACCACACACGGAGCUCUCCGGCCAGGCACCGUACACGCUCAACUUCAGCUUUGAGGAGCUCAACACACUGGGCCUGGAGGAAGGGGCCCCGAGGCACAGCAAUCUGAGCUGGCAGUCGCAAACUCGCAGAACCCCAAGUCUUUCAAGUCUUAACUCCCAGGACUCCAGCAUAGAGAUCUCCAAGCUCACAGACAAGGUGCAGGCUGAGUACCGGGAUGCCUAUCGGGAGUACAUUGCGCAGAUGUCCCAGCUGGAAGGGGGCGCAGGGCCAGCCAGUGCCAGCGUCAGUGGCCGCUCCUCCCCACAUAGCGCCUACUAUGUGGGGCAGAGCCCAUCAGGGGGCAGUAGCCACCCCAGCCUGGAGCAGGAGCGGGGCAAGGAGAGCGAGCCAAAGCAGGAUGAGGGGCGGAAAUCGCUCCUGAUGAAGAGGGCAGAUGUGCUGGACUACUCGUCCUCGGGUGUGUCCACAAGUGAUGCGUCACCCCUGGACCCCAUCACAGAGGAGGAUGAGAAGUCCGACCAGUCGGGCAGCAAGUUGCUCCCCGGCAGGAAGAGCUCCGAGAGGCCCAGCCUUUUCCAGACAGACCUGAAGCUGAAGGGUGGCGGGCUGCGCUACCAGAAGCUGCCCAGUGACGAGGAUGAGUCUGGGCCCGAAGAGUCGGACAACACGCCGCUGCUCAGAGAUGACAAGGACAAGAAGACCGAUGGCAAAGCCGAGCGGGCAGCCAAGUCCCCAGAGCACAGCACUGAGCCCAUCCGGACCUUCAUCAAGGCCAAGGAGUACCUAUCGGAUGCGCUAUUGGACAAGAAGGACUCGUCGGACUCCGGUGUGCGCUCCAGUGAGAGCUCACCCAACCACUCCCUGCACAAUGAGGCAGCUGACAGUGCACAGCUGGAGAAGGCCAACCUCAUUGAGCUGGAGGAUGAUGGCCUUGGCGCCCAGCGGGGGCUGCCACACAGCCUGAGCGGCCUGCAGGACCCUGUGCUUGCACGCAUGUCCAUCUGCUCGGAGGACAAGAAGAGCCCUUCUGAGUGCAGUCUCCUCGCCAGCAGCCCUGAGGAGGGCUGGCCCACCUGCCCCAAAGCCUACAACCUCAACCGCACCCCCAGCACAGUCACACUCAACAACAACUCUGCACCCGCCAACAGGGCCAGCCAGGGCUUUGACGACACAGAGGGGGCACGGGAGACUUCGCAGGCCCUGCUCAGGCCUGGGCCUGGCCCCAACCCCAACGCCACUGUGCUGCAGAAUGAGAAUCUCAAGAGCCUGCCACAUAAGCGGGGCCAGCGCACCAGCUACACCCGGCUCUCCAAGGAGCCCUCAGAGCUGCACACAGGAGCCCCACCUGACAGCGCAGGCUUUGGAGAAGAGAGAGAGAGCAUCCUGUGAGCCAGUGCCAUCCACAUUGUCACUGUACAUGCUUCUUCUGGGAUAGCAGCUUGGAGUCGAGGUCACCAGCCACCUGGCCCGCGCUGCUCUUCUUAGACCUUUCUUUCUCCUGCAGCACAUUCAGAGUUUGUGAGAUGAGUUCUGAGUAGAAAGCCAGUGUAGAAACACCAGAAGGGCUUCACUUGCAAACAGAACUGGGAUCCCCUUCGCAGAACAUGCCUUCAUCAGACACUGAAGGGAAGACCUGAUACCGGAUGAAGCACAAGCCGCUUUUUUCCCCGUAAGGGCUUUCAUGUAGGGGGAAAGGCACAAGAUCUGGAGUAGAUGCUUAGUAAGUUAGAGACCUGAGUUCAUUCUAAUAGAAUAAUUGCUUAUCAAAGAUGUGUUAAAGUAGAAAAUAUAUAAUGAUGAAGGUUUUAAAAAUUGACAGAAAAACUGGGCCUGGUAGCACAUGCCAGUAAUUCCAGCACUUGGGGAGGCUGAAGCAGGAGGAUUGAAAGUUGAAGCUCAGCCCAACCAACUUAGCCAGCCCUGUCUCAAAAUAAAGAAGGGUGCAGUGUGAAGGCCCCGGGUUCAGUCUCUGGCACCCCUGAAGUGAGGAAGCAAGCCAGCAGCACCCAGGCGGUGUUCCCGGGCCUCUGCGCUGUCAGAAGAGCACAUGGAAGGACGGCUGUCGCCCACAGCCUGAGCCCCCCUGAGUCCUGGCCUGCACUCCAGCACCACCCAGCUGACCAGAGCCAGCCCUGGACUCUCGUCCUGUGUGCCUGGCCUCUCUUGGUGACCUGAGCAGUGAGAGUCCCCUGGGGACAUCAGGAGAUGUGGGAAGCAAACACGCAGAAAGUGCUCCUGAGGUGAACGUGUGUGGGUAGCACCCUACCAGGAAUGCGGGCAGCAGCUGCCGGACGGCCAGGAAACAUCUGACUAGGGGAACAAAGCAUCAUCUUCUAUACCAUCAUCUUUGCCUCUCUCUUCUGCUCGUACACUGGCACUGUAAUUCUGGAGGAAUAUUAUAAAGUGUUUAAAAUCAAAAAAUUAAUUAUGUAAAAACCAAGAGGAAGAAGAGAAAACUAGAGAAACCAUAAAUGCGAUGCUUGAGGGAGUGCUCAUGUGGAUGUGCUAGGCCGGCACCGGCGCCCAGGGGCAUCUGGUGGCCCUGGGUGAAGUUUCUCAUUUUGGCCUGACUUGCUGAUGUGGAAUUAACUCUGGCCAUGCAUGAAAAGGGUGGGUAGGGUGUAGACAGUGACGUCACAGGUGUGUGGUGACCUAGCAUUAGUGUUACUUGUGUGAUGUUAAUCUCUUACUGGGCUCGUAAUGCACAGCAGGGCCCUGGUUCACAAAUGGCAUUUGGCAAAAUGUCCUUCUGAUUGCAACCUCUGCAUCAGGUGACAACACGACCUCAGCCUUCUUUCCCAUACGAACAUGAAUACAGCCAUCUUUUCAAAAGUUACAGAGCAAAAAAGUUUGUGAACAGAGGUACCACUGCACAGAUUAAACCCCCUGUGGCUAGUCGCCAUGCUGAGUCCUGCUUGUCACUGUUUCUUUGCCGUGUGUUUGAGUGUAAUGAAUAUUUCCAUAAAGUGUAUUUUGCAUGAUCUUUAACAAAUACUUUAAGCAUUGAAAGGGCAGAUGCUGCGGACUCAUGAGCGAGGUGGUCACAUGUUAAUGUCCACAGUGCUGACUUACUUGUGUGAUUACUAUUUCUGGCUCCUUUUUGGCCAUCUUAUCCGUUUGUGGGUGAGUAGUGCAGCUCGCUGUCAUGGGUGAUUCCAUUGUUUGUAGAGUUGUGGCAUUAAUGCUGAGGGGUUAAGUGGACACAUAGAUUCAGAAAACAAUAAAGAACUGCAUGCUAUUCUGACUCAUGAAUUUUUAUUCACUACAGCGAUAAUGAUUCCCGUUCUUAUUAAAAAAUAAAGCCACUUGUGUGCUUG